UCCGACGCCAAGAUGGCCGCCGCCGCCUUCUUGUUUUGAUGAAUAAUCUCCGUGUGGGGAGGCAGCGGCUGAGGGGAAAAGUGGGGCUCCGGCGGUCACGCGUGGGCGGGAGUUGGGAGGCGCGGGGCCUUUAAGCCGGUGAGCGUUGCCUCCCCGCCCGCCUAACACGGGGCCAGGGGGAGCUUCCAAAAGUGGGGGGGCUUCCUCAGGCCCAAGGAGGUGGGGGAACCGAGUGGGCCUGCCCGUCAGAGGGUCGCCGAGGAGGGCCUGGUGAGGACGGGAAGGCGAGGGGAAGGCUCCCUAUGGGACCCCCGGGCCUGCUGGCGCAUCUACAAGGCAGCCUGCGCUCGGGGGAGAAGCAGCGGUGGGAAGGCCCGAGGCCCAGCGGCUCCCUUGGGACCCCCGAAGAGGAGUGAGGGAGCAGCCCAGUGUGUGUGUGUGUGUGGUCUCUACACAGGUGGGGCCUCAGGACAGGUAGGGCUUCAGCCCCGGCAAUCUAAAAUAGGCCGCCGGGAGGAAGGCGCGCUGGAUGUGAAGGGAAGGACGGGAGCCUUGUGAGGGUGGCGGCCGUAGGGCGCUCCUAAACCCCGGGAUUGGAGUGGGGACCAGUUUAGAUAACCGAGCAGGGUCUGGAGGAGGAGGAGCAAACCGGCUUGGAGGGCGGGCGGUGGAUGCAGUUCAGGCGAGACGAAGCUGGGAGGAAGGACCCUAAGGCAGAUCUAUCUAUCCGGAGUGGGUAGAGGGGGACGGACGGGGUUGCUCUUCGCCUCUGACUAUGCACUUCUGAGAGCUCCUUAGGGAAAGAGGCAGCGACCAGGACAGGGGUUGUUAACCGAAAGCCAUUUCCUCCUCCUCCUCCAUCCAUCCAUCCAAGCACCUCCCUCGAGGGAAGCAGCGGAGCCUUCCUCCCCCAACCGCCUUCCACCAUUAAGAGGAAAACUAUGGAGGAGUUGAGUGCCGAUGAGAUCCGUCGGAGGCGCCUGGCCCGACUUGCUGGCGGACCUUCUUCCCAGCCCACCACCCCGCUUACGUCUCCGCAGAGGGAGAGCCCCCCAGGGCAGCCGGUCCCAGCACCGUCUUCAGGGGCACCCCACAACCUUGGGCUCAAUGUUCACACUAUGACCCCUGCUACCUCGCCAAUCGGUGCGUCAGGUGUUGCCCACCGCAGUCAGAGCAGCGAAGGUGUGAGUUCGCUCAGCAGCUCGCCCUCCAACAGCCUCGAAACGCAGUCCCAGUCUCUUUCCCGGUCCCAGAGCAUGGAUAUCGAUAGCGUCUCCUGCGAGAAAAGCUUGUCCCAGGUCGAUGUGGAUUCGGGGAUCGAAAACAUGGAGGUGGAUGAGAGCGACCGGAGGGAGAAGCGGAGCCUCUCGGAUAAGGAGCCUCCCUCGGGAUUGGAAAUCUCAGAGGAGCAGGCCUUACAGCUGGUUUGUAAGAUUUUCCGGGUCUCUUGGAAAGACCGAGACCGAGACGUCAUUUUCCUGACUUCCCUUUCGGACCAGUUCAAGCAGAACCCUAAAGACGUGUUCUCUGACUUUAAAGACUUGAUUGGGCAAGUGCUAAUGGAAGUCCUAAUGAUGUCCACCCACUCGAGAGAAGAAAAUCCCUUUGCCAGUUUGACCGCCACGUCACAGCCCAUUGCGGCCGCCGCCCGCUCGCCAGAUAGAAACUUAGUCCUGAAUACUGGCUCCAACCCGGGGACCAGCCCCGUAUUUUGCAACGUGGGCUCGUUUGGCUCCAGCUCCUUAUCAAGUGGCGGAGGCUCCGGCGGGGCCAGCAUUUCCGACUCGUGCAGCGACCAUUUCGCCAUUGAGACGUGCAAGGAGACGGAGAUGCUAAACUACCUCAUUGAGUGCUUCGACCGAGUGGGGAUUGAGGAAAGGAAAGCGCCAAAGAUGUGCAGCCAGCCGGUGGUGAGCCAGCUUCUGAGCAACAUCCGAUCCCAGUGCAUUUCUCACGCGGCUUUGGUGCUCCAAGGAUCUCUAACGCAGCUGAGGUCAAACCAACAGCAGUCGUUGCUAGUCCCGUACAUGCUCUGCAGGAAUCUCCCGUUCGGUUUCAUCCAGGAAUUGGUGAGGACGACUCACCAAGAUGAAGAAGUCUUCAAACAGAUCUUUAUACCUAUUUUACAAGGGCUGGCUCUUGCUUCAAAAGAAUGCUCCUUUGAUAGCGACAACUUUAAAUACCCCCUUAUGGCUUUAGGGGAACUCUGUGAGAUCAAGUUUGGGAAAUCGCAUCCUGUCUGCAGUUUGGUGGUCUCUUUGCCUUUGUGGUUGCCAAAAUCUCUAAGCCCCGGGAUGGGCCGAGAGCUCCAGAGACUCUCUUACCUCGGGGUAUUCUUCAGCCUCUCCGUCUUCGCCGAGGAUGAUCCUAGAGUUGUCGAAAAAUAUUUCUCCGGGCCUACCAUUACUUUGGAAAACACGCGGGUCGUUAGCCAGUCAUUGCAACAUUACCUGGAAUCUGCCAGGCAAGAGUUAUUCAAGAUCCUGCACAGUAUUUUGCUCAACGGAGAAACGCGGGAAGCUGCUCUCAGCUAUAUGGCAGCCGUGGUCAACGCCAACGUUAAAAAGGCACAAAUGCAGGCGGACGAUCGGCUGGUGUCUACGGAUGGCUUCAUGCUGAACUUCCUCUGGGUGCUGCAGCAGCUGAGCACAAAAAUCAAACUCGAGACGGUCGACCCGUCCUACAUCUUCCAUCCUCGGUGUCGAAUCGUGGUGCCUGCGGAUGAAACACGAGUCAAAGCCACCUUGGAGGAUGUCAGUAGCUGGAUGGUGGAGCUGUCCAGGGACCAGUCUCUCUUCUCUGAGCCAAAAUUCCCAACGGAGUGUUUCUUCCUGACGCUCCACGCCCACCACCUCUCCAUCUUACCCAGUUGCCGCCGAUACAUCCGUCGACUCAGAGCCAUCCGGGAGCUGAACAGGACCGUGGAGGAUUUGAAGAACAACGAAAGCCAGUGGAAGGACUCUCCCCUAGCUACCAGGCAUCGAGAGAUGUUGAAGCGAUGCAAAACCCAACUCAAGAAACUGGUGCGGUGCAAAGCUUGUGCAGACGCCAGCCUGUUAGACGAGAAUUUUCUCCGGAGGUGCCUCAACUUUUACAGCGUGGUGAUCCAGCUUUUGCUACGGAUUCUUGAUCCUGCCUACCCUAACAUAAAACUGCCUUUAAAUCCAGAUGUCCCGAAAGUCUUUGCAGCGAUGCCUGAGUUUUAUGUGGAAGAUAUUGCAGAAUUUUUGUUUUUUAUUGUACAUUGGCACGAGUCCCAGGAUUACGUGCUCCCCUUUUACGUGGAGCACACCGGGGCCACCAGCGAAUUCUACGACAAAUUUACAAUCCGCUAUCACAUCAGCACCAUCUUCAAAAGCUUGUGGCAGAACAUAGCUCACCACGGGACCUUCAUGGAAGAGUUCAACUCCGGCAAGCAGUUUGUUCGCUAUAUCAAUAUGCUGAUCAACGACACGACGUUCUUGCUGGACGAGAGUUUAGAGUCCCUCAAGCGCAUCCACGAAGUGCAGGAGGAGAUGAAGAACAAGGAGCAGUGGGAUCUUCUCCCCAGGGAUCAGCAACAAGCUCGGCAAUCUCAGCUGGCCCAGGACGAGAGGGUCUCGCGCUCCUACCUGGCUCUGGCCACAGAAACUGUUGACAUGUUUCACAUCCUCACCAAACAAGUCCAGAAACCUUUCCUCAGGCCCGAGCUUGGGCCACGGCUGGCUGCAAUGCUGAACUUCAACCUUCAGCAGCUGUGUGGGCCUAAAUGCCGCGACCUGAAAGUCGAAAACCCCGAGAAGUACGGCUUUGAACCAAAGAAGCUUCUGGAUCAACUGACGGACAUCUACUUGCAGCUCGAUUGCGCCCGUUUUGCAAAAGCGAUCGCGGACGACCAGAGGUCUUACAGCAAGGAGCUCUUUGAGGAGGUGAUUUCGAAGAUGAGGAAAGCCGGCAUCAAGUCGACCAUAGCGAUAGAAAAAUUCAAGCUGCUCGCAGAGAAAGUGGACGAAAUCGUUGCCAAGAACGCCCGCGCCGAAAUUGACUACAGUGACGCUCCGGAUGAGUUCCGAGAUCCGCUCAUGGAUACCUUGAUGAGCGACCCAGUCCGGUUGCCAUCGGGAACCAUCAUGGAUCGCUCCGUCAUUCUGCGGCACCUUCUCAACUCUUCCACGGAUCCCUUCAAUCGCCAGACACUAACAGAAAAUAUGCUGGAGCCAGUGCCUGAGCUGAAAGAGCAAAUCCAAGCUUGGAUGAGGGACAAGCAGCACCCAGAUCACUGAGGCGACACCACCCCGGCAGCGCACGCCGAGGUCAACUGUGGAGAGCAAAGGCAGCGGAUCAAGGCAAGGGGAAUUGCCGAAACCAUGUUGGAGCUGAGUUGGGGACUCACGCAGUGCCUGCCGCUGCCGCUGCUACCACAAGAGGACCGUUGGGACCUCCUGGGCGAGGCGAAAAGGGGAGAGAGAGAGGCGCCACACCGCCAAAACGCAGCUUAACUCUUGUACAUAACUUUUAAGCGAUACAUCGGCAGUCGAUAGCAUUGUGGGUUGGGAUUCAGUUAGCAAGUUCCCUCUUUUAUUUUGUUGUUGUUGUUGUUCUGAGAAACGAAACUCCCCCAUUUCAUCGUUUGUGGGGGGGUGGGGUGGGGUUUCAUCCAUGGCCGAAUUCAGUUUAGCCAACGACGCGGAUCGGGUCGGCACAGCCUUCGGUGUGUGUGUGUGCGUGCGCGUGCGUGCGUGUUUUUCUUUUCUUUUUUUUUUUUUUUUAAACCAAUAUAUUGCCAGAUCUCCGUUAAUUUGAUAGUGGUUGGGACUUUGAACAUUUUGCUGCUAAAGGUUAAACAAAAAAC